CGGCCGAUCUCUCACGAAAUCAUUCUUGAGGCCGGUGUCGUGCCGCCGAAAGGUUGCAUCUAUCGCAUGAGCGAGGAGGAGCUUGAGGUCCUCCGCGCACAACUUGACGAUUUGUUGGCUAAGGGUUGGAUCCGCCCUAGCAGCUCCUCAUAUGGAGCACCGGUUCUCUUCGUCCGGAAGAAGAACAAGGAUCUACGAUUAAGUAUCGACUACCGCAAGCUCAACACGCAAACCGUCAAGAAUGCGGGGCCUCUUCCUCGCAUCGACGAUCUUCUUGAGCGACUGGGCGGCGCAAACUAUGUUUCUAAGUUGGAUUUGAAAUCGGGAUAUCAUCAAAUCUCGAUCCGGUCGAACGAUCGCUACAAGUCCGCGUUCAAGACGCGAUACGGGCAUUUUGAGUGGGUGGUCAUGCCUUUUGGCCUCACCAAUGCCCCGACAACCUUUCAAGCGGCAAUGACCAAUGAGUUUCGUGCAAUGUUGGACCGGUUCGUGCUGGUCUACUUAGACGAUAUUCUCGUCUAUAGCCGGUCAUUGGAGGAUCAUCUUGGACAUCUUCGACGAGUGUUGGAGACGCUCCGCCACGCCAAGUACAAGGCCAACCUCGACAAGUGCGAAUUUGUCCGGCAAGAGCUGGAAUACUUGGGCCAUUUUGUCACACCAGAGGGCAUCGGCCCGCUAUCGGACAAGAUUCAAGCCAUCCAAGAGUGGCCAGAGCCUCGGAACGUCAUGGAUGUCUGUUCAUUCCUUGGUCUCGCCGUCUACUACCAGCGUUUUAUCAAAGGCUACUCAAAGAUCGCGGCCCACUUGACCAAGCUUCAAUGCGAGGAUCGGCCGUUUGACUUCGGAGAGGAGGCGCGGGAAUCAUUCCUUGCUUUCAAAGCCGCGCUAUUAUCUGCGGAGGUCUUAUGGAUAUACGACCCGCUUUUGCCUACGCGCGUCACUACGGAUGCGUCAGGCUAUGUCAUUGGUGCAGUCCUCGAGCAACAUGAUGGUGUGGAUUGGCACCCGGUCGAGUAUUUCAGCAAGAAAGUGCCCGUCGUGCAUUUCCAUUGACGAUGCACGCAAGAAGGAGCUCCUCACCUUCGUCCACGCGCUCAAGCGGUGGCGACACUUCCUCCUUGGUCG